AGAAACUCGACUAGACGUAGAAGAAGAGGAUUUAAGACGCUGGAUUAAAAACAUGGGGGAGGCUGAAGUUGUCCCAGCUGAUGAAAAACAAGUGGAUUCCGGAGCCUGUGCUGCGGAUGAGUCAGUGGUGUGGAGCCAGGAGGUGGAAGUGUGUUUGUUUCACGCGAUGUUGGGUCACAAACCAGUCGGAGUCAAUCGUCAUUUCCACAUGAUUUGUAUACGUGAUAAAUUUAGCCAAAACAUUGGAAGACAGGUGUCAUCAAAGGUCAUCUGGGAUCACCUGGGAACUAUGUAUGAUAUGCAGGCACUGCACGAGUCCGAAAUCCUUCCUUUUCCCAACUCUGAAAAGAGCUUUGUUCUGCCUGAGGGCAUAAUACAAGAGGUCAGAGAAGGAAAAAUAGGUUCAGAGGAUGAUAUAAAGGAAGAGAUUAAAGAAGAGAGGGAUCUUUCUGCCACCCAUGAAGAAGGUAGCAACUCUUCAGUGAAGAUUACUGAACGCUCAAGCAGUGGGCGAGAGAAGGAAAAGGAUCGUGAGCGUGAGAGGGAAAAGGGGAAUUCAGUCGAGUCGGGUGGUGGCUCUAAGGAGGCUGCAGGUGAGAAGCGGAAGAGAAACCGGACCACAGAAAAAACCCUGAGCACCGGCAAUCCAUCCAGCCCUGGGGGAGCCAAACGCCGCAGAACAUAGUGUUGGCCAACAGGGGCGCAUUUGGAGCAUCUAACUCAUUGGGACUGAGUGAUGGCUUAAGUUAGGCCAACCAGGGUCUCAGACAUGGUUAAAGCAUUGUGAGGCACUGUUUCUGUAUGAAUGCAAUAGUCCUCUGUUUGAGCUUUUUCAGAAGCUUGGUGUAUUUGGGAACACACCAGUGCACACAUGUAAACAGUGUACUGAAGAAUAAUCAGGACUUUGAUAGAAAGUAUAAGCAAUGGAUUGAGAAGAACUUAAAAGCCUCCAGGUUGUGGAACAUAGUACAGACCCGUGUAACUCGCCACCUUAUUUUUAUUCCUGAUAAGUACGUUUUUAAGUAGCAGUUUCUCCAUUAAACAAAUGACCUCAUGGAGUAAUUCCUGUACAUGAAUUUUUUUCUUUUUUCUUUUUCAACAAGGACUGUGGAUGCCAUGAUGGUCAAUAAUAGGGAUAGGAGGCUUAGUGUUAAAUUGUUAGAGCAGUUUAAUGCUUUUAUGUCCUGCUUUUGAUUUUCAGACUGUCUAAAUGGUGUGUGUAAUAUAACCAAAAUGGACUUAAAUCAAGUUCUUGUAUUUCCAUUAGGUGUUUGUUAAGGAGGAAUUGGAUUUUACAACCAUCUGUAUUUAUUAACUUUCUGUUUUAUAAAAAAAAAAUGUAAGCAAUGAUGGUUUGUUGUUUAUUUUAUAAAAGAAUAAAUACUGGCCUCCUUUGGUUCAUGCUUUGAAAA